AUGGCACCAGUGUCAGCUUUGGCAAAAUAUAAGCUGGUUUUCUUAGGGGACCAAUCAGUGGGCAAAACCAGCAUCAUCACCCGCUUCAUGUACGACAAAUUCGACAACACCUAUCAGGCUACAAUUGGUAUUGACUUUUUAUCAAAAACUAUGUAUCUUGAAGAUCGAACUAUUCGACUGCAGUUAUGGGAUACAGCUGGACAGGAAAGAUUUAGAAGUCUCAUUCCAAGCUACAUUAGGGAUUCUUCUGUUGCAGUAAUUGUAUACGAUGUUGCAAGUAGACAAACUUUCCUAAACACUUCAAAGUGGAUUGAUGAGGUGCGCACUGAGAGGGGAAGUGAUGUUAUUAUUGUUUUGGUUGGAAACAAAACCGACCUCGUUGACAAGAGGCAAGUCUCUGUAGAGGAAGGAGAAGCUAAGGGUCGCGACCUCAAUGUCAUGUUCAUUGAAACUAGUGCAAAAGCUGGUUUUAAUAUAAAGGCACUGUUUAGGAAAAUUGCUGCAGCUUUACCAGGAAUGGAAACACUGUCAUCAACAAAGCAAGAAGACAUGGUUGAUGUGAAUCUGAAGUCUACGGGCGGCAGUGCAUCACAGUCGCAAGCUCAGUCUGGAUGCUCUUGUUAA